GAAAACUGAAGAAGCCCCAAUGUUAAUAUCCCUAAAAUCCAGUGAUUCUGUCCUUAAAUUGCAAUUGAAAACUGAAGAAGCCCCAAUGUUAAUAUCCCUAAAAUGGGUGAGUCGAAGGAGUAGGUGAUACCUAGUGAACUCCUUGUCUACAAAUUCAUAAGCAAGAAAGAAAAACUUCCUAAGACUCUUAAGGUAGCACAAAUGUAUGAACCAACGAUGCCAAUUGUAACUAUGCAGGAUCUGCUCUGCCCUGAUAACACCAAUUGUAGGGUGGCAGAUGCUCGAGAAUCCUGAGCCCCGAAGAAAGAAGGCUGUGCACACCACCAUGGUUUCUAGAGAGGGAUACGUAAGGAUAAAUCCCUGAACCAACUCAGAUAUCACAUAAAAACAGGACAAAGAAGGCACAGUGCCAGAGAUGGCCCAGGGUGCAUUUUCCCAAGGGAACGCCAGAGCUUCGUCUGCCUUUUACUCAAGGUAAUUCGCAUCCUUUGUGGAGUUGUCCCCACUCUGACUCCCACCAUGAAGCAUCCCAUCUUCUAGAACAGCAGAAAAGAACACAUCUUGCGAAGACCCCAUUUAUUGUUAAGUAGCCGAGGCUUAUGACAACUUCCAGCUUAUUGCAUUGACAACCACAAAAAUAAAUAUAAUUACGUCAUAAAAGCCAUCUACAAUGAUUCUAAAACUAUUUCUGAUUUGCUUUUAGCGAGAGAAGAAUGCAGGCAGCAGAUGUGUGAUUUCAAUGCAUUCUGGGACCACCACCAUUAUCCAUGACCCCAAGAACCCAGAACAUAUGAAGAGCUUUACUUUUGAUUUGGCCUAUUGGUCUCACAGUGGUUUUCAAAGGGACAAAGAUGGUGCGCUUAUUUCAACUGGCUCGAACAGCGACUUUGCAGGCCAGAAAGAUGUUUUUCGCGAUCUUGGCCAAGGAAUUCUGGACAGUGCCUGGCAGGGCUAUAACGCCACCCUUCUGGCCUAUGGCCAGACAGGCUCUGGAAAAAGCUACUCCAUGAUUGGUUAUGGUGCUGAUAAGGGCAUAAUCCCAAAUGUGUGCGAAGAACUUUUUAAAGCCACUGAAAACAAAGAGAAAAACCAGCAGUAUCAGGUGACAUUCAGUAUGCUGGAAAUUUACAAUGAAGAGGUUAGGGACUUACUAUCUAAAACCAAGAAGCCCAGAGGACUUAAGGUAAGAGAAGAUCAGCACCAAGGCUUUUAUGUCGACGGCUUGACUUCUGUACCCUGUGACAGCUAUGCACACAUUGAGAGGCUGAUGGAACAAGGCAUUAAAGCCAGAACCACAGCUGCAACAAGCAUGAAUGCCACCAGCAGCCGGUCCCACAUGGUCAUCACCAUCCAAUUCAAACAGGUUUUUCUCGAUGGAGACCUCACCAAGCAAUCUAUUAUUAAUUUGGUGGAUUUAGCAGGUAGUGAAAGGCAAAAAUCCUCUGGAUCUGAAGGAGACAGAUUGAGAGAGGGGUCACGUGUUAACUUAAGUUUAACCACACUGGGCAAUGUAAUCAGUGCUCUUGCAGAUGUUGCCACAGGGAAGAGAGUUCUGCACAUUCCCUACAGAGACUCUGUUCUGACCAGACUCCUCCAGUCAGCCUUGGGUGGGAACAGUAAGACCAUUAUGAUUGCUGCUAUAAGUCCUGCUGACAUCUGUUAUGAAGAAACUUUGUCAACUUUAAGAUAUGCUGAAAGAACCAAAAAGAUUAAAAACAAAGCCGUGAUCAAUACGAGCCCCACAGAGAAGCUGAUAAAACAACUGAAGGCGGAAAACAACAGACUCUUGUCCAGGCUUGCAGGACUGGGAAAUUCAGGGAGGAGAGUAGCAGAUAAAACAAGGGAACUGGAGCAUUUAUUGGCAAAAAACCAAGCACGCCUUCAGACCAUCCAGAUUACAUGGGAACACCAGUUGGAAGAGGCUCGGAAAGAGUGGGAAGAACAAUACAGCACUAUCACACAGGAACGGCAGAUGAUGAAGGCUUUCCCUUACCUCUUCAAUGUCAAUGAGGACCCACAGCUCACAGGAGUUCUCAAGCACUUCAUUCAAGCUGGUUCAUCUAAUGUUGGUCAGGCGGCUUCAAAUAAAAUGAUCCUUCAAGGAUUGGGAAUUUCUGAUAAACAUGCCACAUUCACCAACAUAGAUGGAGAAGUCACAGUGAUGCCACAGAGCAAGUGCAGAGUUGUUGUCAAUGGUGUGCCGACAGUUACAAAGACAAAGCUACAGCAUUUGGACAGAGUUAUUUUGGGAUCCAACAGCGCCUACCUCUACAUUGGCUUUCCUUCUGAGCGUAGCAAUGACGAUGUGACCAAGUUUGAUUAUGACUUUUUUCAGUCUGAACUCGCAGCAGCAGAGGGAGUUAGCGUGGAUAAGCUGGGUGCUGGAAAUAAUAGAGAUGGGAAAGUGGAUCCCAGUGUCCUGGCGGUAUUCCAGGAUUAUAUUAAAUUGAUACCGUUGGUUGCAGAAGCCAAUCAAAUGAGCAAAGAGUUGAGGAAGGGGCUUACACUGGAGCUCAAAGUGAAGAAUCUGACAUCAUCGGAUUCCAAAGGUUACGAUCUGCAAAAGGAAGUCAUAGUGAAGGUGACCCACAAAGAGACUCGGGAGGUGUGGAUAUGGUCUAAAGCCAAGUUCAUUAACAGGAAAUACCUAAUGGAGGAAAUUUACCGGCACUUUCUGGAUGGAGAAAAUAUCAGUGUAGCUCAAGAAGAUGAUCCAUUCUGGGAUCCUGUGGAGGCCAUUCAUUUAGGGUCUGCUCACGUGUGGCUCCAGUCUCUGGCUUACUGCAUGAAACUCGAAGAACAGGCAGAACUUUUGAACUCUGAAGGGCUAGAAGAGGCCGUUGUUCUCAUCAACAUAAUCCCAUGUUCCAGCACAGGGGAGGCCUGCAGUGAGGACGAUAUGGUUAUCAACCCUUUGGAGCUGCUCGGCAGGAGGAUUGAUUUCCAGAUUCAGAUUUUGAAAUGCCUGGGUGUGAAAUGGCUCAAGGAAGAUGCAAGGAGGGGCAUACAGAUCGGCUACAAAAUCUACGAUCUCCAAACCACUUUGUACACAAAGUCUGUCUGGAAAACCGUGAAUGCCAAAAUUGAAGAGACAGUCCAUUUUGUGGCUUUGAAUGCAUCCCAUGAAUUCUUGAAUUACUUGCAGAAAAAUGCCCUAAUUGUUGACUUAUGGGGUCUUCAAGAAGGCUGUGCUGAACUGAAUUGUACCCAGAAAGACCUUAUUAAAUGGGAAGGCUAUGUGAUGGUGGACAACAUGAAAACCUCACCAGCUCAGGCAGCCAGCUGGGCUACAUCAAACCAAAUGGCAGAUGUUUAUUUGAAACUGCUGAAGUUAGAACAGGAAACAGAACUGCUCCGAAGCAUGAACAGAGCCCUACGAGAAGAGAACAUGCUUCUCAAGGACUCAUUGAGGGGAUGUGGUACUGGACAAGAUCAUCAACUAUCCAACAAACCCAGGAUAAUCACACAGCUGGCAUCACAUAAAGAUGUUCCCCAAAUGUGUUCUCCUCGGACCAGCCACGAUGCUGACUUUGCCAAAGCUCUCAAGGUCUUCUACCAAAGAAUGAACAUUGUGAGAGGACAGUUUCUCAAGCUAAGGCAUUAUAGGCCUCCUGUGAGUAGCCGGCUACUUCCAUUUUCUAUGAGUAAACGGAUUUUCCUUCCAACACAUUUAGCAGGAUCCUGGAAGGCAUUAGUCACUAAAUUUCUUUUGCUUGUCCAAAAUGUAAAGAGUAACUUCUGUAGGUAACAGUAGAAAUGAGCUAUUGAAAUGCAGUCCUAGGCAGAGUCCCAUGUGACAA